AUUCCUUGGAAGAAAAUGCCAUAUUGGUGCCUUUUGGGAUUGUGGACUACCCAUUUUCGAGACUAGGACUUGAGGCGUCAGUUUGACGAGGGCGGCAACGUGCGCAACUGGUGGAGCAACGCGAGCGCCGCCGCCUACGAGGAGCGCGCACAGUGCUUCGUCCAGCACUACGCGAACUACAACAUCCCCUUCCUGGACGUCCCGGUGGACGGCGCGAAGACGCUGGGCGAGAACAUCGCGGACAACGGCGGGCUGGCGGCGGCGCUGGGCGCGCUGCGGCGGGCGCUGGGGCGGCGCGAGCGCGGGGCGCGCGCGCGGGCGCUGCCGGCCUUCGAGGGCCUCUCCGAGGAGCAGCUCUUCUUCCUCGCCUACGCGCUCGUCAGUCUCCCCACCACGCGGCUGCGAUUGUCAUUUAUCUUCAAAGUUCUUUUUUUUAAUU